GCUUAAUCUUUCUUCUCAUUAUCUACACCAGUCUUAUAGAAUCCAGCCUUGGAUCAGUGGCUACGAAGCUGAAUUUUUUCAUUCACAACCUUGCACAGCUGAAAUUUAGUGGUUCAGAUGAGCGGCUGACACUCUCCUUUGUUCCAAAGAUAUAUACCAUGAAGAUGGAUAGGAGAAUCUGUGAUGUCUUCCUGACUAGAUAUAAGAAGAUAUAUAAUCCUAAUAAGGGAUAUGUGUAUGUGAUCAAAGUAGUCAGAGAAAAUGAAACCACACACAUUCAGAGGUAUUUUGAAGAGUUUCAGGAGUUGCAUAACAAGUUAAGGCUUCUUUUCCCAACGUCACAGCUUCCCAGCUUCCCAAGCCGCUUUGUGAUUGGUCGUUCCCGAGGAGAGGCAGCAGCUGAGCGUCGGAAGGAAGAGUUGAAUGGAUAUGUCUGGCAUUUAAUCCAUGCUGCCCCUCAGGUAGCUGAGUGUGAUCUGGUAUAUACAUUCUUCCAUCCCUUUGCUCGUGAUGAGAAGAACGUUAGCAAUACUACACAAUCAAGACCUUCGGAUGCAACCUGGUCUGUACCAGUGGGGACUGUUGGAGGAGAGGUCAAGUUAUCCAUUGCUUAUAAAAAUGACCAGUUGUUCAUUAUGGUGAUGCAUAUUCGGGAUCUGCCUCUUCAAGACACCAACGAGCCAAAUCCCUAUGUAAAGAUGUAUCUGUUGCCAGAUCCACAAAAGACAACCAAGAGAAAAACGAAGGUUGCAAAGAAAACAUGCAAUCCAACUUAUAAUGAAAUGCUGGUUUAUGACCGUAUUCCUAAAGGAGAUCUUCAGCAGCGUGAGAUUUGGCUGUCUGUGCUUAGUGAGGAAGGAUUUUGGGAGAACAUCUUGCUUGGAGAAGUCACUAUUGAACUCCGAGAUUUGGAUCUUAGUCAUGAAAAGACAUGUUGGUUCAAGCUUGGUUCUGCUAACCAAGCCAACUAAUGAUGGAAAAGAAUCGGCUAGAGCAAACUACUAAAUGUGCCACCUAAUUGAUUACCUUUCUACA